AUGGGAGCAACCCUGGUCCGACCCAAUUUAGCAGAUAAUUCAUGCAUUGGUGGUCUUGCAGGACAGAUGGUUUCUUCCAUGCACAAACUCAAAGACUACGACAACAAUGAUGGAGGCUUUUUUGUUUUUGGCGACUUGUCGAUACGGAUGGAGGGACAAUUUCGCUUGCAGUUUACCUUGUUUGAAAUCACUACUCAGGGAGCUGUCAGUCUGAAAUCAAUUUAUUCUGAUGUAUUUACGGUAUAUUCUUCAAAAACAUUCCCGGGCAUGCUCGAAUCGACUUUCCUUUCACGCACAUUCUCUGACCAAGGCGUACGACUUCGAAUUCGGAAAGAGCACCGUGUGCAAAUGUAA